AUGGCACGCACGAAGAUGUUGGCAGCAUUGCAGAAGAUGAAAGAGCAGGAACAGCGCGAGAAAGAGGAAGAACAGAGGAGAAGAGAGCAAGAGCAAUGGUGGUCAGAGCAAGAGGAAGUAGAGGAAGAAGAUCAGGAUCAGAAUCUGCAAACAACAAUGGAGCAAGGAACUACAGUACAAAUGGAGCAAGGAACUACAGCACCAAUGAUACAAGAAGAGAAUGUACAAAAGCAACUGGAACAAGCAAGAUCAAAUCUCAAUCGAGUCACUGAGGAAUUGAAGAGAAGCCAGACCCAUCUUCAGGAAACCCAAAGAGAAAACAUUGCACUCUACGAAAAGAUGAAAGCCCUGCUCAACAAUCCAGAGAUCAAAAGAAGAACUCAGGAACAAAUCAAGAAAGACGAGGAAGAAGAAAGGAGACUUAAACAAGAAGAACUAGAAGCGGCAAAGAAAGAAGCUCAAAUGCUCAGAUCAGAACUAAUCGCCAAAGACAAUGAAAUCAAGAAGAUUAUGAGGGAACUCGAGGAAGCAAAUGCUCUCACAACAUCAGGAAAAAAGAAGUAUGACUUUUGGAUCUCGGACAAAGGACAAAAGAUCAUCGCAGAGCUGAAAUAUUACGAAAACCAUCAGGUUCCAGUCCCAUAUUGGAAAUACAGAAAGAUGGUUCGUGAACUCUACCCAGAAGAAGAACAAAUGCAGUUUGAAUUUCCCAAAGAUGCCCUUUUAAGGUAUUGCUUCACGAAUUUGAUCAAUACAUGGCAACACUCAAGAAGAUAUGGGAAUGAAACCAGUGCUGAAAUCAUUUUGCAAGACCUUCAGAGAAUCAUUUCCAGUCAACUCUGGAGUGAACAAUAUAACGUUGACCACAUAUUCCAUUAA